AUGCCGUCAGCCCUCCUGUACCUUCGUGGCUUAUUGGGGGCUCAAUCCGAGUUCCUGGGGCAGGAAACAGUCAAGUCGAAGAGUUGUUAUAUCCAAGUCCUCGAAGAAGUGAAAAUUCCAGAACGACAGAUGCCCAAAGAAAUCAAAAUAGCUCAGGAGGUGCCAUCAGUCAUGGUUGAUAAUUCUGAACUGCAACUGGCUGCAAGGCGAACAAGGGAGCCGCCCAAAAAUGCCAGCCAGAUAUACUGUGAUCACCCAGAUUGCCGCAAUCAUAUUCCAUACUUCAAGAGACGCAGUGAGUGGAGCUCCCUUCCUUUGCGGAGUUUGAAGCGGGAGUCUCAGAAUGGCUACGCAUACCUUGAGCUUAAAACCAUAACAAGAUUAUACCAGUCAAAGGCUAGCCAUCCAAGGCUUGUCCUUAUGCAAGGGGAAGGGCCAUAUGAACCGUUUGCCUUGCGCCCUUGUUACAUGCAUGCGCGAUUUGGCACCGGCGCGCCAAUCAAGAGGCACAUUCAUCGCGAUCAAGGCGAGCAAGCAGCCCACCUGGUUCUCAACUCAUCGAAGAGGCAAUUGCUUGCCUCUUCUCCACUUGCUUUCAAACCCCACGUUCCUCAAUAUCGAUAUUCGGACCAGGUUGAAGAUAUCGUCGAUACUGAGGAGCGUACCCAUGAGGAUGAGGUUGAAGAGCAGAUAUCAUACAGCGGGAACUCAAUGGCAUCUGAUUCAGUUACACCGGCCCUUGAAGGAUUUCCAGAUGUUGAGAAGUUUGAUCAGCUCAUGAAGAGAAUCCCUGAGAUGCUAGUUCAACAAUACAUAAAAAUAUGCCCAACGUGCAGUCCAGUACUAUCUGAACCACCAGUACCGGCUUUGGAAGGACUCCCAAAUGUCAUUGAGUUUGACAAGCGCAUGGCAAGUUAUAUCAAACAUUUGCCUGAUGAACUUAGAGAUAAAGCUACAAUAUCCUGGAGCAUGGCUGGGAAGAUUGGAAAGGCGCUUCUUGGUGACACUACAAAACCGGUCGAGUUUCAAGAUUGGUCCAAAAAGAUGUUCACAUUAGGGCGGAUCAAUGGUCAGCUUUCGGUCUUCCGGGAAGGGAAACCCAUUGCAACUGAAGAGAAGUUCUUUAAAAUUUUGACAACAGCACAUCAGAAAUGUGAACAUGGAGACCAGAAAAAAACUUCAGCGGAAGUUAAUGAAUUGUAUUCUUGGGUUCCCGAGGAACUAAUUCGCUGA